AUCCGGUUUUCCCCCGCCAUCUCACCACACGUAGAGUCGAGUUGGCUGGCUGUUGAGGGUCUGUCUGCACGCGGUCCGUUGAAGGUGACGAGUCUUUUAUUUGUGGUGACCAGUUGGAAAGAUGUUUAAGAAUAAUCAUCAUGACCAUAAGCAAAAAGUGGAAGCUAUGAUUAAGAACAUUAAUACAAUUUCUUUGGAGAUGAAGAAGAUGAAAGAACUCUCCCAUAUCCUGCUGUGUGACCUCAAUCUCCAUUUUGGUCAGCCCAAGAGGACUGAGGACCCCAAGGAAGCAGAAACAAGCCACCCAUUUGAAGUCACAGAGAUACCAGAUGUAGCCCUUGCUUCUAUCAGUUUAUCUGACUGAAUUUUUUUGUAUUUGUUUUAAAUUUCUGGUUAAAAAUCUGGAAUAACUAAAUUUAUUAGUUUAAUAUAAAAUUGGUAUGGGAUAGGUAGGGUGUUAGUGGGGGGCAGGGGAGGAGGGGAGGGAGAG